AUGUCGGAUGAUGCUGGAUUCUUCAAAAGGACGUCGGAGGCCGUCGCCAAUGCCGGCGCCUCCAUUGCUGGCGCCGUUUCAGGCUCCCUCUCAUUAGGCGCCUCCGCCAGCCAUAAGAAAACGACCACGACAAAAACAAAGACUACGAUCCCAGUAGACCAACAACAGUACAACAUUGCAAGUGGAGGAGCAGGACAGCCGCCCCAAGGACGCAUUACCAAUGGAGGAGUGGGAGAGCAGAAGAGGGUUACGCAAAAAGAGGCCGAUGCGCUGUACGCGGAGCGCAUGGAGGACGAGUAUGCAAAGAGAGAGGGCGGUGCUUGA